AACCCAAUAUGCCCCGCCCCAAACGGAUUGUUUGGAAUGGUCAGAUGGACCGAUGGAGACACAGGAUGGCAAUCCGGACCGCUGAAAGCCUGGACAUGUGAGCGAAUAUAAUUUUCAACAAAAUUCACUUUUGGUAGAGUGUGCUGUGGCUGUAUAAGGGGUAGCAGUCAUGCCGCUGGUGAAGAGAAACAUUGAGCCCAGGCACCUGUGCCGCGGGGUGCUACCGGAGGGCAUCGGCAGCGAGUUGGAGUGUGUUAUGAACAACACACUCUCUGCCAUCAUACGCCAACUCAGCAGUCUCAGUAAACAUGCUGAAGACAUAUUCGGAGAGCUCUUCAACGAGGCAAACAUGUUCUAUUUGCGGGCGAACUCUCUGCAAGAUCGGAUUGACCGACUAGCCGUCAAGGUCACCCAGCUGGACUCGACGGUUGAGGAGGUCUCCCUUCAGGACAUAAACAUGAGGAAGGCUUUUAAAAGCUCUACAAUACAGGACCAGCAGGUGGUGUCCAAGAGCAGCGUACCGAUCCCGGUGAUGGAGAUGUACAACUUGAGUGAUAAACCACCUCCUCUUAAUAUUCUCUCAUCCUAUAGGGAUGAUGAUAAAGAAGGCCUGAAGUUCUACACCGAUCCCUCCUACUUUUUUGACCUGUGGAAAGAGAAGAUGCUACAGGACACAGAAGACAAGAGGAAAGAGAAGAGACGACAGAAGGAGCAGAGGCGAUGUGUGGAUGGCACACUGCAGAGAGAGGUGAAGAAGGUGCGUAAAGCGAGAAACCGCAGGCAGGAAUGGAAUAUGAUGGCCUUUGAUAAGGAACUGAGACCGGACCAUCGACAUUCCCACACUGUGCACAGAGGAGGCUCCACGGAGGGCACCAUGUCCCCAGAGCACAGGGCUCAUGGAGAUCAUGCAGAUCAUGGCUAUCUCUCCAUGGCCAACCAUGCUGGCCAUGCGCACACUUACUCAGGGCCUCCGCCUAGUAUGGCGGCCCUGUCAGCUCAUAGCCACAUGGGCAUGGACCAGGAUUACCGGGGAGGGCCUAUGGCAUACCGUUCUGGCACACUGGGACGUCCACACCAGGCUCCACCGCCUCCACCAGCAUCAAACACAAUUAAUGGCUCUGUGAACCUCCCACCUGUCGACUACAGUGUUGAUUACAUGAAUGCUGGGCCGCCGCCUCCACCACCAGCUGUUAUCCCAUCAGCACAAACUGCAUUUGCUAUGCCACCCAUGGGACCGGUCCCGCCUCCAGGCCACCUAGGUCCAAUGGGAGCAGUCGCUGGCUAUGCCCCACCUGUUCCACCUACCUCUGGACAAAUGGCUGCUCCUCCUCCACCAGUAGCCCCACCCCCUCCCCCCAGUGCAGUCCAAUCCAUCACUCCCAAACGGCCCUCUGUGCCUAACGAGGCCCAGACCACAAACGAUGCCCGCAGUGACCUGCUCGCAGCUAUAAGAAUGGGUAUCCAGCUGAAAAAAGUUCAAGAGCAGCAGGAGCAGCAGGCGAAACGUGAGCCGGUGGGCAAUGACGUCGCAACUAUCUUGUCCCGCCGCAUCGCUGUGGAAUACAGUGACUCUGAGGACGAAUCUGAGCUUGAGGACAAUGACUGGUCUGACUAAAACAAGACUAAUGCACAAAAUUCACAGACACUCACUCUCUAAUUCACAGUGAUGUACAAUGAUGUACUUUUAAUAAAGGUAUAGGCCGUCUGUAUUAUGAGACACUAAAAUAAUCAGUCGUUUCCUUGAAGUACCAAGUAUGAUGCUUUUUCCAUUUUUCUAAUGCUUUUUAAUGCAACACUUGUUAAUAAAUAAUAUGGACAUACUGUAUGUAGUAAAUAGCAAUUCAAGCUACAGAUAAAUAAGCAUGUUGAGGUCAGAAGUUUCUGCAUGAAAAUUUCUAUGUAUGUUGAGGAACACUGUGGUCAGUAAUUAUAUUUGUGUGAACUGACCCGAGGGAUUUGAUUAAACUACCCGAAAUGUG